UGUAGGAAAGGUUAAACCUCAGAAACCUUUGCUUCUUGGUCUUCAGAUACGUACUCUUCUACGUUUCCUGCUACUAAAAAUGAGGGAGUACGCGAAACGUGGAUGACUUUGAUAUCCGGCAUAUCCUUGUUUACUAGACUCAAUCUCAAGGAUUGCCUGGAAUGUGAUGCUAAAGCCACAGAGCGGGAGGACCCAAAGGAGGAGCGGUCAGGGGCCGGUGGACACCCCGGGCAGGGGGGACGCGGAGGAGGUCUGGAUGGAAACACAGCCACAGCCAAAGGGACCCUGGGUGAAUUUUGUGAAGACAGAGGGCUCAUCAUUCAAUUGUGUCUUCCAGUGAAGCAAGGUGAUUUUCUCCAUGAUGGGCUGAAGAAACACAGGCUGUCCUGGUCAAUGAGGCCUCCCUUCUCUGUGAUGUUCAGACAUAUUCUGGGAAUUUGCCAUGGCAAGAAAAAUUGCAUCUCUCCUCUUCUCCUCCUCCUCUUCUCUCCCUGCAAAGAAUAUCCUAUUGUUUGUGAAAGGUUGCUGCAGCAGUGCUUUGAGGAUAUGUAGUUUACAGAAGAAGCCAACUCUUCACCCAGCAGUCCCCAGUGACCUCCAGAGUGCUCAUUCUCAUGGGUCAGAAGGCUUGGAUAGAGAAGACCUUUUCUAAAAGAGAAUGCAUCUAUAUAAUUGCCAACAACAAAGACUCUACCAGGUGCUGCUGUGGCCAGCUCAUUAACCAACAUAUUCCACCUCCUCCAAGUAUAACAGCUAAUAAAAAUGAAGAAGAAACUAAGCAAGUGGAAGCUCAGCCAGAGAAAUGGUCUGUCAGUAAACACACCCAAGCAUACCCAACAGAUGCCUAUGGAAACCUGGAAUUCCAGGGAGGAGGACAUUCAAAUAAGGCCAUGUACAUCCGUGUGUCGUAUGACACUAAACCAGAUUCUCUGCUGCAUCUCAUGGUGAAAGACUGGCAACUGGAACUGCCCAAACUCUUAAUAUCUGUCCAUGGAGGCCUCCAGAACUUUGAAAUGCAACCAAAAUUAAAGCAAGUGUUUGGAAAAGGUCUGAUAAAGGCUGCCAUGACCACAGGAGCUUGGAUUUUCACUGGUGGUGUUAGUACAGGUGUCAUUCGUCAUGUGGGAGAUGCCUUGAAAGAUCAUUCUUCCAAAUCCAGAGGACGAAUAUGUGCCAUAGGAAUUGCACCGUGGGGCAUUGUAGAAAACAAGGAGGAUCUAAUAGGAAAAGAUGUAACACGAGUUUACCAAACAAUGUCAAACCCUUUAAGUAAGCUCUCUGUGCUGAACAGUUCCCACACCCACUUCAUUCUGGCAGACAAUGGAACAUUAGGUAAAUAUGGAGCUGAAGUCAAGUUACGGCGUCAGCUGGAAAAACACAUUUCCCUCCAGAAGAUUAACACACGACUGGGGCAAGGUGUUCCUGUAGUUGGGCUCAUAGUAGAAGGAGGUCCCAAUGUGAUCUCCAUUGUCUUGGAGUGUCUGCGGGAAGACCCCCCUCUCCCGGUGGUGAUCUGCGAUGGCAGCGGGCGAGCGUCAGACAUCCUGUCAUUUGCACACAAGUACUCAGAGGAAGGAGGGAUAAUAAAUGAAUCCCUUAGGGACCAGCUUCUAGUUACCAUCCAGAAAACCUUUAACUACAACAGGAAUCAAGCUCACCAGCUGUUUGUCAUUCUUAUGGAGUGCAUGAAAAAAAAAGAACUUAUCACCGUGUUCCGCAUGGGCUCGGAAGGACAGCACGACAUUGAGAUGUCCAUCCUCACUGCUCUCCUCAAAGGUACCAAUGCAUCUGCUCCAGACCAGCUCAGCCUGGCUUUGGCCUGGAAUCGUGUAGACAUUGCACGCAGCCAAAUCUUUGUCUUUGGACACCACUGGCCACCUUUAGGAAGCCUUACAGCUCCUGAUGGUACAGCUCCUGAGAAGGAAAAGAAAUCUCCAGCACCUCAGACUAAAGCAGGCAGAGGGAAAGGAAAAGGAAAGAAAAAGGGAGGAAAAGCAAAAGAAGAACCAGAAGAAGAAACAGACCCAAGAAAACUUGAACUCCUGAACUGGGUGAACUCUCUGGAGCAGGCUAUGCUGGAUGCACUGGUCCUGGAUCGAGUGGACUUUGUGAAACUGCUCAUUGAGAAUGGAGUGAACAUGCAGCACUUCCUGACUAUUCCUCGCCUGGAGGAGCUGUAUAACACUAGACUGGGUCCACCAAAUACACUGCAUUUGCUAGUCAGAGAUGUGAAAAAGGGAAAUCUUCCACCAGAUUAUCAUAUCAGCCUAAUAGAUAUUGGUCUUGUCCUGGAAUAUCUCAUGGGUGGAGCCUAUCGCUGCAACUAUACUCGGAAAAGCUUUCGGACUCUUUAUAAUAAUUUAUUUGGACCAAAAAGGCCAAAAGCUCUUAAACUACUGGGAAUGGAGGAUGAUGAGCCUCUCACCAAAGGGAAGAAGAAAAAGAAGAAAAAAGAGGAAGAGAUUGAUAUUGAUGUGGAUGACCCAGAAGUCAGCCGCUUUCAGUACCCCUUUCAUGAGCUGAUGGUGUGGGCUGUGCUCAUGAAACGGCAGAAGAUGGCCCUGUUCCUUUGGCAACGAGGGGAGGAAUCCAUGGCCAAGGCACUUGUGGCUUGUAAACUCUACAAGUCUAUGGCCCAUGAGUCUUCAGAGAGUGAGCUGGUGGAUGACAUCUCUCAGGAUCUGGACAACAACUCAAAAGAUUUUGGCCAGCUGGCUGUUGAACUCUUGGAUCAGUCCUAUAAACAUGAUGAGCAGAUUGCCAUGAAACUGCUGACAUAUGAACUGAAAAACUGGAGUAAUUCUACCUGCCUGAAGUUGGCUGUGGCAGCUAAACACAGGGACUUCAUUGCUCACACCUGCAGCCAGAUGCUGCUGACAGACAUGUGGAUGGGGCGGCUGCGCAUGCGGAAAAACCCCGGCCUGAAGGUUAUAAUGGGAAUUCUCUUCCCUCCCACCAUCCUUUUCCUGGAAUAUCGCAGUUAUGAUGACUACUCCUAUCAGACAUCAAAGGAAAAUGAGGAAGGCAAAGAGAAAGAGGAGGAAAAUGCGGACGCAAAUGCAGAUACAGGCUCCCGAAAAGGGGAUGAAGAGAAUGGAAAGAAAAAACAACCGAGCCUUCCAAUUGGAACAAAGAUCUAUGAAUUCUAUAAUGCACCUAUUGUCAAAUUUUGGUUCUACACAAUAUCAUACCUUGGUUACUUGAUGUUAUUUAAUUACAUCAUCUUGGUGCGGAUGGAACGGUGGCCAUCAGUCCAGGAAUGGAUUGUCAUCUCCUACAUUGUGACGUUGGCUUUGGAGAAAGUCAGAGAGAUUUUAAUGUCAGAGCCUGGGAAGCUGAGCCAAAAAAUCAAAGUUUGGCUCCAGGAAUACUGGAAUAUUACUGACCUGGUGGCUAUUUCAGUAUUUAUCAUAGGAGCAAUUCUUCGCCUGCAGAACCAGCCUUACAUGGGUUAUGGAAGAGUGAUUUACUGUGUAGAUAUCAUUUUCUGGUACAUCAGAGUACUGGAUAUCUUUGGUGUGAACAAAUAUCUGGGACCUUACGUCAUGAUGAUUGGGAAGAUGAUGAUUGACAUGCUGUACUUUGUGGUCAUCAUGCUGGUGGUUCUGAUGAGCUUUGGAGUAGCCCGGCAGGCCAUCCUGCACCCAGACGAGGAGCCCUCCUGGAGGCUGGCGCGCAACAUCUUCUACAUGCCCUACUGGAUGAUCUACGGAGAGGUGUUCGCUGACCAGAUAGACCGUAAGAGUAGAAUUCAUACUCCUUGCGGGGACAAUCUUUAUGAUGAUGAUGGUAAACGCCUUCCUCCAUGCAUCCCAGGGGCCUGGCUCACUCCUGCUAUCAUGGCCUGUUACCUCUUGGUAGCAAAUAUCCUGUUGGUAAACCUGCUGAUUGCUGUCUUCAACAAUACCUUCUUUGAGGUGAAAUCAAUAUCCAACCAAGUCUGGAAGUUCCAGAGGUACCAGCUGAUCAUGACAUUCCAUGACAGACCUGUCCUGCCACCACCAAUGAUUAUCUUCAGUCACAUCUACAUCAUCAUCAAGCGGAUCUGCUGCCGCUGCAGGAAGGGUGAUGGAGACCAGGACGAGCGUGACAGGGGACUGAAGUUAUUUCUGAAUGAUGAAGAGCUAAAAAAACUCUAUGAGUUUGAAGAGCAGUGUGUAGAAGAAUACUUCCAGGAGAAAGAGGAUGAGCAGCAGUCAUCUAAUGAUGAGCGCAUCAGAGUUACCUCUGAAAGAGUUGAAAAUAUGUCGAUGAGGCUAGAAGAAGUGAAUGAAAGAGAACAUUUUAUGAAAGCUUCUCUGCAGACAGUGGACCUGCGGCUCUCUCAGCUGGAGGAGCUCUCGGGUCGGAUGGUGAAUGCUCUGGAGAAGCUGGCGGGCAUCGACAAAUCCGAGCUGACGUACACGCGCUCGCGAGCCUCCUCAGAGUGUGAUGCUGCCUACCUCCUGAGGCAGAGCAGUGUCAACAGCUCUGAUGGCUACAGCAUGUACAAAUACCACAUCAGUGGGGACGAGCUGACCUUUGAUGACAGCACCGCGCCUAUGUCACCGGCCAUGCGUAAAAAAGCCCACUCUAUUGGUACCAAAGAAGAUGGAGCAGACCCAAGGAUGCUGGCUCCAGAACACCAAACUGGACUCCAUGCUUCGAGUCCUAAUGCAGUUGCUACAGCAGAUCACAGUAAAUCUACAUUAGAAAUUGCACAGAAUGUUUCUAGAGCCCGUUCUGGCUCAGGUGGUUUGGGGAGUGAAAAGCAGGGAGUUUUCAGUAGCGAUGGAAUGAUCCCUCAAAGUGUAAACCAGAUGAGUGCUGUUACGAACAGUCAGUCAGUAGCAGGACCAGAUUUUCAGAAUACUCAGUUAAAAGUAGAACGUACCAAGUUAGAAGCAACCAUCUCUUAUCCCUUAGACAAAUCCAAAGCAAUGCGUUAUUUUCCUCCUGAAACUUUCAGUGCUUGUCAAACCACUAUGAUGAAGUCAAGGAGCUUUAUUUUUGCACAAGGGGGAAAGCUGGUUGGAGGAGUUAACAACUGGACCUCAGAGUACAGUACCAUUAUGGAUCAGGUGUGCCCUUCUACAAUUGAGCAGUGGGCCACGGAGUGGAAAUACGAAGUAGAGCAGCAGCUUUCUCAAGAACGUCCUCCAGAGUACCCCGGGUUGAUCUCUGAAGCAGAAAGGCAAGCAGAGGAGAAGCAGAUGGACACAGAUGAUGAUAGUAAUGUUGGUGAAGCAGGUAUGAGUGCCUCUUACACCUCUAUGCCUGCCCCUGUCAAGGCUGAGAAGGAGAAUUUCCUGUCAGCAAAGCCAGAAAGGACUCCUGGGUUCCCAUCAGUACGCUCCAAGAGUUUGCACAGCCAUUCCCGGAAAGCCAAGUCCGUGAAGGACAAAUUAAAUAGACCAGGACAUGCCAGCAGUGUAACUAAUUUGGUGGUAGCAUUUGGCAGUGCAACAGAACAGAAAACCAGGCAAGAAAAUGCAUCCACAGAAACUGAAUGUUAAAGUGGCUUAUGGCCCCUGUUUUACCAACAGUUGAGAAAGCAGAGUGACUAAUUGAACAAAUUAGGGAUUUUAAAAUUAAUUUUUGAAGAAGAAUUGUGAAUAUAUGUAUUUCUCUUCUUUUAAACCUAAUAGAUAUAUGUUCUGUUCUUAAAUAAAUGCUUGCUGGGUUGGGUGAAAGGGAGAUGUUCUCUCAGGGGCAGAUAAAAUGUAGGUACAAUCCACAGAUGCCCAAUUUGUAGAUAUUCCUUUGUUCCCUUUCAGCCUCCUUCAUAAGCUCAUUUAAUGACAAGCUCAUUAUAAAAGCUCUUAGAGGAAGAGCAAUAUUAUAAUGUAAUAAUUUUAUCAGAAGAUUUCUCAAACUGAACACAUUUUUAACCAGCCUUAGUUUUAUCCUCACUUAUGCAGCUGGUUUCUUUGUAGCCAUGGUGUUUUUCAGAUCAAAACAAAAUUGUUGGAGGCAAGAAAAAAUUAUGCAGUCCCCUCUUUCACUUCUGAUUUCAUGCAUGCUUCUUAGCUUCUCUUUCAGAAUGGCAUGACAGGGCAGUUCUCAUCCACUAAAAUAGGUCAGAGUGGCAAAAUACAGUUGUGUUUGGAGAAAUCUGACCUGGAAAGCCACAUGUAGACAUAUUCUUAACCUGUCCUUGAACUUCAGUGGCAUAAUCUUGCUUUCAGGAUCACAUCUGUCCCCAACCCAAAGCAUGCUGACAGCCUUAAACUGUUGAAAAACAGUGAUCAUUGUUUCAAAAUGUUUAGGGAGAUUCUAAGAAUAUCAAGUACAUAGAUAUUUUAAUAAUAUAAAUACAAAACCUGCAUUAGUGUUUUGUUUGUAUAAAUGAGGAUUACAACAGAAGUCCAUGUAGACUUAGAAUAAGAUUCUGACUUUUCUUAGAUGCCUGCAAGGGAAAACAAAUCAAAACAGAACAGGAAAGGUGUUCUGAUCAGGUGAGAUUUUUUGAUCUUUGCUUGAAAUCUACUGUGACAAAUUCAUCUUCCAUUCUGCAAUUUCAUUAUGCCACAUGAGGAACAAGGAACAGUUUUUAGGAGUCUGUCUAAACAAAAUAUAGAUUUUUCCAGAUGAGAAUAGAAAUUCUGUACAUUUUCCUGAGUAAAUUUCAAAACCAAAUGUCAGAGGAGAAAAAAGUCUCUACAGAAAAAGUGUUUUGAGGACUAAGAGUGGAAACCAGCAUCCAUAGUUAGAUGUAUCCAGAGCACUUGUCUCUGCAGUGGCAUUCUAAGUACUAGGUUUUGAUAAUUUUCUUCAUAAUAGCAGGGUGUUAUUUGGGUCAUUCUUCCCUGUUAAGUCUUAGGAACUUUGAUUUCUGAAAUAUUCAGCACCUCUCUUCAACAGGGGAAGCUUACCACUGGGCAGAGGAUUUUGAAAAUUAGUUAAAGGCAGAAUACUGGUCAAAGAUUUAUGCUUAACUCAUUGCCCAUCAGGACUCACUCAUAAGCUAUUUUGAAAAGAGAUCAUUUCUAUUUUCACUCACCAUCAGCCCCACAGUGCAGGUCUCAAUGUCCUCCUUGACAAUGAUGCUUACAGCAUUUUGAAAUGCAGAGAUUGAUGGAAGACUUUAUUAAUGGUAUCUGUAUGGAUUUGUAUUGUUUGCAUUAUUUUUUCAUACUCCUUCCAUUCUUAUACCCUGAAGUACUGUUACUAAACUGAAUGAUGAUGGAAAGUGCACAGACAUUUCACAAAGUUCAGUCAUCAUUUCUUUUGGAUUUUUGCUAUCUUGGUUUUUACCAGCAGGUUUACUGGUUUCACUGCUGUUGGAACAGUGUUGACAUUUUGCUUUUUAUGUGGGCUUCUCUUUUCUUCAACUUAGGGAACUUGACAUUUGGUACAAACAGAAUGACAUUUGAAAUUGUUUCACUUCCAUGUUUACUUCUGUGUUACCAUUCUGUGCAACUACAGAGCCAUUGUGUAUAUGUGGUUAAAAUAGCCUCCAGUUUGCCAAUGCCUUUUUAUUGUUUGCCUGCACAUUCACCAGAAAUGGGUUCAUGAACAAACACAACGGGAUGCAGCUUUUCAGCACUGUGCUAAACAAGCAGUAUGCAUUGUGGAAUGGAAUACAGUGUGUUGCAUACCUCUUGUUAUAUUGUCUUUAUAAAAUGUGUGUUAAUCAUGCUUUUGACCACUUAAGUUUUUUAGCACUUACCUCGAAAAUUUAUCUGAUAGCAUGUAGAUUUCAAACAAAAAUAUUUUACCUUUGUAUUUAUAUACUUCCUUUGUGUAAAAAUAUUUAUAAAGAAACACAUGAAAAAUAUGGUAAAUUAAUUCAAUAUAGCAAUUUUUUCUCUAUAAUGUCAAAAUACUUCACUAAUCUGUUUCUUCUUAUGCAGUGCAUGAGCCAAACAUCUUCUAAGCAAAGUUUUUUUCUUAACACUUGCCAGUAAUUUUGCAUAAAAUUUUCUAUAGAGGGAUGAUUUUAAGAGGUUUGGAUAUUUUCUGUGCUCUCACACAGCAUGAACCGAAUGACAACCUCUCUGCCGUUACAUGUGAAGUAACAGCAGUGGCUUUGGCAGAGUCAUUUUAGACAAACAGCCACUUUAAUAAGAUUUAAAUAUGGUUUUGUAUGUGCAUAGAAGACUAAUAAUAGAUUUGGAGCUCACUAAGCAGAAUAAUGACCAACACAUUUGCAUGUCUACCUCCAUGCUUUCUUGAAUACUGGCUGAAAGGAUGCAGGCAGGGAAUUUGCAUUUCUGAAGAGGCAUGUUUAAUGCUGCUUUUCAGGAAGAUGUGUCCCCCUUCACUGCUAGGCAUGUGGUGACUUCACAGCAAUGUCACUGUGAAUUCCAUUGCCAUGAUUUAUUAUGUGCUUGACCUAUACUGAAGCAGGUCAAGCCGAAAGGGUGUGUACUCUAGGGCAAUGUCUAUGCAGAGAUAUUACUCUGAGGUAAUUCAAAUUUGUUCAUCUUACAGUAUCUUGCAAUACAAACAUUUCCCUUUCCCUCAAGGCAAAUGUUUUCAACACAGUGACUAAUUGUCAUAUUCACAAAGGCAGGUUCAUGACCCUACCACCUGAUUCCAUGAGUUACCCCUUUUUACAUUGCAUCAUUCAGGGACUAGCUUAACUUUGCCCUCACAAGCCUCUCCUGUUGCAGAGUCACUCUAUCAAUUUAGAAGCUGGAGUUUGAUACCUAAGAAUCAAGAAAGCCCAUUUUCCAUAUUAUUUCCUAAUUCAUUAAAGUAGCCAUUGAAACCUUCCAA